AUGAAAUAUCAAGCACCUAAUCAGCCCCCUCUUCCCCAUUUUCGUUUGUGCUCUGCUAGGGUUUCAAAAGAAACCCAUCAUCGCCAUCAUCGCACAAAGCCACCGAGGGCGGUGGCUGGAGCCACGCGAAGAUCAUAUUUUCAGCCCUUUUCAAGAGAGCCCGAAAGCAAAGUGCCUCCCAAACUCAGAAAAUGUGAAAGAAAAGGCCUUUCUCUUUUCCCUUUAAGUCAGAUUCUGACGACGGAGAAUAGAUCCGUCGAGGUGACACGGGAUUCCGGCAAAGUCAACGAGGCAGGAGCUGCUAUUUUGGUGCAAGCAGCAUUGUGGGCGGUGGUUUUCGAAGCUCUGGCGUGCUAA